AUGAAGUACUCGCCAAGCACUGCUGCCUUUCUUGGGGCGCUUCUCGCGGCGUCCACUGUUGACACUGCACCUGCACCAGCGACUGGUGUUGAAGCACGCGAUGUUGACACCAGAUUCCCAUACGCCGGCCCUGUAGUGGCAGUAGGCGAUUUUGUGGACAACACGAUUAAUGGCAAUGGGAAAGGAUUCUCCCGCCUUGUUGAACUCCCGGCGGUGAAGCCCGCAAAUUCGAAGGCAAAUAACAACAUCAAUGUCAUAUCUACUUCGUAUGUCCCGCGUGGGAUGAACGUUCACUUCCAGACACCCUUCGGUCUCGGCACAGCUCCUACAGUUCACUGGGGCCUUUCACCAAAAAAUCUCUGCAACACCACAAGAGGUCAGACGCAGACCUACGACCGAACUCCACCAUGCUCUGAGAUCGCAGUCAUCACUCAGUGCUCCCAAUACUUUCACGAUGUUCAACUUACCAACCUCAAGUCCUUCACCAAGUAUUACUACAAGAUUGAAGCGGCCAAUGGAACUACUGCUUCUCAGAUCCUAGAGUUCACGACAGCUCGUGCCGCCGGUGACGAUGGGCCUUUCAAUGUCGCUGUCUUGAAUGACAUGGGAUAUACCAAUGCACAGGGCACACAUGCACAACUCAUCGCCGCGGCAGACAAAGAUGUGGCCUUCGCGUGGCACGGCGGCGACAUCAGCUACGCCGAUAACUGGUACACUGGUUUUCUUCCGUGCGAGGRAGAUCAUGGAUGCUACAACGGCACAUCUUCUCGUUUCCCGCCUGGCGACUUACCCGCAGACUACUUCAAGCCUCUACCGAAGGGUGAGGUCGCCAACCGAGGCAGUCCUCGUGGUGGAGAUAUCAGCGUCAUCUACGAAAGCAACUGGGAUUUAUGGCAACAGUGGAUGAGUAAGGUCACACUCAAGAUGCCAUACAUGACCCUGCCCGGGAACCACGAGGCUGCCUGCGCUGAAUUUGACGGUCCUGGAAAUAUUCUGACCGCCUAUCUGAAUGAAGACAAGGCCAACUCUACUGCGCCCGACAAGACUCUUACAUACUACACAUGCCCUCCGUCCCAGAGGAAUUUCACAGCCUACCAGCAUCGUUUUCGAAUGCCUGGCGCAGAGAGCGGCGGUGUUGGAAACAUGUGGUACUCCUUCGACUACGGCAUGGUGCAUUUCAUUUCCCUCGAUGGCGAGACAGACUUUGCCUAUUCUCCCGAAAAGCCCUUCCUCCGCGAUUUGAAAGGCGACGAGACUCUUCCAAUCAAGAAUGAAACCUACAUUACUGACAGCGGUCCCUUUGGCUACAUCAAGAACAACGAUUGGAAGAACAACCAAGCUUACGAGCAAAUUCAAUGGCUUUCCAAAGAUCUGGCGUCGGUGAACCGUCAAAGGACGCCGUGGAUCAUCGCAAUGAGCCAUCGUCCAAUGUACUCUUCUGAAGUCGUUGCCUACCAGAAGGACAUUCGAGCGGCUUUUGAACCACUCCUUCUUCAGCACGGUGUAGAUGCAUACCUCUCAGGUCACAUCCACUGGUAUGAGAGAAUGUACCCUCUAGGAAAUGGCACGAUCAACAAGGCGGCGAUAGUCAACAACAACACGUACUUGACCGCUCCUGGAAAGUCGAUUGCUCAUAUCGUCAAUGGAAUGGCAGGGAACAUUGAGUCGCACGACACGUUGGAGGAGAGUAAAAUGCUGGACAUCACUGCUGUGUUGGAUCAAAUGCAUUAUGGCUUCAGCAAAUUGAAGGUCGAGAGUGCGGAGAAGAUUACCUUUGAAUUCAUUCGUGGGGAUGGCGAGGGUGUGGGAGAUCAUUUGACUCUUGUCAAAGUGGGCAGUGCUACUGCGAGGCAGUAUGGUGUAUAG